AUGAUCAGCACAAAGAAGCUCCUCAAGAUGGCAAGAAAGUGGCAAAAGAUAGCUGCCGCUAGCAGGAAGAGGAUCGCUUGGCCUCGACCAGUGGCUGAUAAAGGUCACUUUGUCGUCUAUACAACUGAUGGCAGACGGUUUAUCAUCCCUUUGGCUUAUCUCAAGAGCGAGAUUUUCAUAGAGCUCUUCAGAAUAGCAGAGGAAGAGUUCGGGUUAACAAGUUCAGGGCCAAUCACACUUCCCUGUGAUUCGAGUUUCAUGGAAUAUGCAAUCUCUAUGAUCCAAAGACGUGUAGCUGAGGACUUGGAAAAAGCAUUGAUCAUGUCAUUAGCCAGCUGCAGAUAUUCCUCUGUGUCACAUGAACAUCAAGAUCAAACAAAUUCACACUUGUUGAUUUCUAGUUUCUAG